AUGGAUGGUGAAUAUCGCAAGAAGAAGAUCGUCGAUCUGACCGAACAAGAGCUUGUUACACUCGGAUUUCUGGGCGAAAAUGCUCUUCCGGGAGUCAGAGAUAUCGUCCAAGCAGUGAGGGCUGACCCCGGCCGCCUUGGCUUCGUCAACUGUUUCCAGAUCGACUGUCUGAGGCGCAAGUACGCACCCCAGACUCCCACCCAAGGACGUCCUGGGCACUCUUCUACGUCUCCCACCUCUCCGUCCUUUCCAGUCUCCCCCGUCCUAAGCGACGCCGAGACCCUCUUCUCGCAACUCAGCAACAACUCCUCUGCCCUGACCGUCGUCCCUCCCGACCUCAUCUCCCAGUUCGAGAUCAACUUCUGGUACCACGGCAUCUCCGGCAACCCUCCCAAGCUCUUGUGGCGCUCUGAUUUCGAGACCAACGAGUUCCCGCUCCCGAAAGUCGGAGACCGCUUCUUCAAGGUCCCCACCAAGACCGCUUAUGGCGUCUUCAAUACGCGUCUCAACGAGGUCUGGGAUUCUACCGUCGCUCCUCAGAUCAUGGACUCGCUCAAGGCUCGCGGUCUCAAGUACUCGGCGCUCAAGACAGCCCGCUUCUCGACCGUCGACGAGGAGGGCGGCGAGGAGACGUUUGGGCCCAUCGUCGUGUGGAUUGCCGUCCGUCCCAACACCACCAACGCCGAGGCUGUUCGCGACGCCACCCCUGACAUCCUUCACAUCCUCAACGACGCCCAGGUCACCGGUGUGGUCGUCGAAUGGUACGAAGGGAGUGUCGAGAGGCUGGGCGGCACGCCUCUCGUGAGCGUCGCGGAUAACACCAGCCCCACCUUCGGGCUCAACCAUCCCUUCAACACGGGCCUAGGCAUCCCCAUCGCUAGAGCGUCCGACGAUGCGCAGGGCACCGUCACGCUUCUGUUCCGGGAGGGCAAGACCAGCGAUGGCAGCCCCAGCAACACGACCUUCGCCCUCACCAACAAACACGUGGCCACCCUCGUCACGACCACCCAUUACGACUGGGACGCCGCCAACCCUCUGAGCAUCCUUGUCUGCGGUGAGCGCCGCUUCGGUCGUGCCUUCGACGAGGUCGAGGACGCCCUCAACACAAGCCUCCGCGACGCCGUCCGACUUGCCGCAGAGCUGAAGGAGUUGGAGGCCAAGGCUGGCGGGCAGACGACCAGGGCCAUGCAACGCAAGCAGACCGCCCUGGACGACAAGGACGAGGACAACGCCACUCUCCAGGACUUAUUCGACCAAGUCGUCGAGACGUGGAGGGAUGUCGACAACCGUAAGCUCGGCCAUGUCCACUGGGCUCCUGAGAUCUCUGUCAGGGUUGGCGACCGCCCUUACACUCGAGACAUCGCUACAGUGGCUGUCGAUGAGGAGAAGCUCGAGAACUUCACGGGCAACAUCGUCGACCUCGGUAACCAAUACGACGCUGGUCAACUCGAGGAUCUCUUCUGGCCCGUCGACACCAUUCGCCAGAGCAAGACCAUCCCAGCCAACCUCCAGCUCCCCAUCCGUCGCGCUCUACCUCGCCGCCUCGUCAUGAACCCCGAUACGGAAGGCAAGAACGGAGAGCCGCUUUACGUCGUCGCCAAGUAUGGCAACACCACCAAGCUUACGUUGGGCAACUACUCCGGCAUGGACGCCUACACUUGUACCGAGUUCGGACUCGAGUCCCGCGAGGUCGUCGUCUAUAAUCGCAAGGGCGCUGGAGACUUUUCGGCCAAGGGCGAUUCCGCAUCUCUCAUCUUCAACGGCGACGGUGACGGCCUCGCCGUCCUGCACUCGGGCAUGCCUCGAGGAAUGCACAGCCACGUCACUUACGGCACGCCCCUCUGGUGGGUUAUCAAGCUGCUCCUCGAGAAGUAUCCCUCUGCCGACUUCUACGGCAUGGAGUACACCCUCGACUGA